AUGCAGCCUUCAGAGGAUGCACAGAUUGAUCUGGGCAAGGCCCAGGUCGUUGACCGUACUCCCAAGAUCAUCAAGGAACUGAAGUUCGGUGUAUUGACAAAAAACGACAUUGUUGAGCAAGCCGCGGUGGAAGUUUCGGACAGAAAGUUUUUCGACCUCGAGAAUGGCAGAAAGGUGGUUUCCAAUGGCCCUCUCGAUACACGCAUGGGUAUUUCAGGCAAGGUUGCGACCUGUGCGACCUGUGGUUUGAACUCGAAGGAUUGCAAUGGUCACUUUGGCCACGUACGACUGGUCUUGCCAGCCUUUCACGUCGGUUACUUCAAGAGAGUUAUCGGAAUCCUACAGGAAAUUUGCAAAGAAUGCUCACGCAUCCUCCUACCGGAGACCGAGCGCCGAUCCUUCCUACGAGAAAUGAGACGUCCUGGCCUGGACAACUUGCGACGAAUGCAGAUUGCGAAGCGAAUCAACGAACGAUGCCGGAAGACUCGUGUAUGCGAGCACUGCAACGCGAUAAAUGGUGUGGUGAAGAAGAUUGGUACGAGUGCGCUGAAGAUCACCCAUGACAAGUUCCGGGCCUUCAACGCCUCAACCUCCGUCAAGAAGCAGCCCCCACUCAGCAAGACAGUCUUUGAUGACUCCUUUGCCGAAGUGCGGAAUUCGAAUACCGAGGUCGAGAAACACUUCAAGAAGGCACAGGAUGAUUUGAAUGCCCUACGCGUGCUCAAGUUGUUCAAGAAGAUCUCGGACAGCGAUUGUGAGCUUCUAGGAUUAGAUCCCAAGGAGGCUAGACCAGAGAUGUUCCUGUGGCAGUUCAUUCCAGCCCCACCUGUUUGUAUCAGACCGUCGGUCAUUCAAGAGGCAGCAUCUACCGAAGAUGACUUGACUGCGAAGUUAGGUGAUAUCGUGCAGAGCAACAUCAAUCUGAAGAAUUCCCUACUUAAGGGAGCUCCCGUUCAGACCAUCAUGGAGUGCUGGGACUAUAUGCAGCUCCAAAUCGCAGUCUACAUCAACAGCGAUGUGCCUGGCCUCAACAAGGCGGAUCUCGGGAAACCCAUUCGUGGAUUUGUUCAACGAUUAAAGGGAAAACAAGGUCGCUUCCGUGGUAAUUUAUCUGGAAAGCGUGUUGAGUACACCGGUCGAACGGUCAUUUCGCCCGAUCCCAAUCUACGGGUAGAUGAGGUUGCCAUUCCCGAGCUGGUUGCCAGAAACCUGACCUAUCCGGAAGUCGUCACCCGAUACAACAAGGAAAAAUUGCAAAAGGUAGUGCUGAAUGGAACGAACAAAUAUCCCGGUGCGAGAUACUUGAUCAAAAAGGGCUCUAUAUGGCAAACAAACUUGAAGUACGGUAAUCUGAAGCACAUGGCCAAUCAACUCCAAGAGGGCGAUGUGGUUGAGCGUCACUUGGAAGACGGUGACAUUGUACUGUUCAACCGGCAGCCCUCUCUCCACAAACUCAGUAUCCUGUCUCAUUUUGCCAAAGUCCGACCGCAUCGGACAUUCCGUUUGAACGAGUGUGUUUGUAACCCUUACAAUGCCGAUUUCGACGGAGAUGAGAUGAACUUGCACGUACCACAAACUGAAGAGGCGAGAGCAGAGGCUAUGGAGUUGAUGGGUGUCAAGAAUAACCUGGCCACACCCAAGAACGGUGAACCUAUCAUUGGUGCCAUCCAGGAUUUCAUCAGUGCCGCUUUCUUGCUUAGCAGCAAAGAUAAUUUCUACGAUCGUCGGUCUUUCUGCCAAAUUUGUUUAUACAUGUUGGGCCCCGAGACACGAUUUGAUCUGCCACCGCCAUCAGUUUUGAAACCACAAAUGCUCUGGACCGGCAAGCAGGUUUUCAAUAUUUUGAUGCAUCCCAACAAAGACGACCCCGUCUUGGUCAACCUCGACGCGGCGUGCCGACAGUUCAAGCAGCCAAAGGACGGAAGGCCCAAAGACUUGGAUCCGAACGAUUCUUGGCUGGUGAUCCGCAACUCUGAAGUCAUGUGUGGUGUCAUGGACAAAUCUACCGUCGGUGAUGGUAAGAAGGACAAUGUGUUCUACAUUAUGCUUCGAGAUUAUGGACCUGCCGCCGCUGCCCAGGGUAUGAACCGUCUUUCCAAGCUGUCAGCCCGUUGGCUCACCAAUCUUGGCUUCUCUAUCGGUAUCACGGAUGUGUGGCCCAGCGAGAGGCUUGUCCAGUCCAAGAACGAUCUAGUCGAGGCAGCCUAUGCAGCUUGUGACGAAGUCAUUGCUAAAUUUAAAGCUGGAACCUUGGAGAAGUAUCCUGGUUGUGACGAGUUGCAAACUAUGGAAAACCAGCUCUCUGGUAUUCUCAGUAAAGUUCGUCAGCAAGCUGGUGAUGAAUGUAUUGCACAGCUCAGCAAAUAUAACUCGCCUCUGAUCAUGGCCACGUCUGGAUCUAAAGGCUCCAGUAUUAACGUGUCUCAGAUGGUCGCGCUCGUGGGUCAACAGAUUAUCGGCGGUUCGCGUGUUCUGGAUGGUUUCCAGGACCGUACUCUACCUCAUUUCCCGAAGAACGCACGUCAGCCUCCUUCCAAGGGUUUCGUUCGCAACAGUUUCUUCUCAGGUCUCACGCCCACUGAGUUCAUUUUCCACGCAAUGUCCGGUCGUGAAGGUCUGGUCGAUACUGCCGUUAAGACUGCCGAGACAGGUUACAUGUCUCGACGUCUGAUGAAAUCUCUUGAAGAUCUCUCAACGAUGUACGAUGAUACCGUACGCAACUCCUCUGCUGCUAUUGUGCAGUUCCAGUAUGGUGACGAUAAACUGGAUCCCUUGGAUAUGGAAGGUAAAGCCAGACCUGUCCAUUUCGAGCGAACCUUUAUUCACUCCGAGUCAACCACAUACAACAACUACGAGCGGAGUUUGCUGCCAGGCGAAAUCACAGCAGUCUGUGAAGAGAUGCUUGGCAGAGAGCGUGCCAAGCUGGUGCGUAGGGAUCUCAUGGGCAAUGAGCUAGGUUAUAUGGAUCGCAGUGACCACGGAGUUGAUCAGCUUGAGAGUGCGCGUGACUUCCUUGACUCUAUUCAGGAAUAUGUGGACGCAAAGGUCCAGAAGCUGAUUAAGCUUGGUGGUGACGGCCAGGAGAGCCGACAGGGCUUGGAUCAUACCGGAAAGCUGACAGAGACCACUCUACGUGCUUUCAUCACUUCUUGUCUCACGAAAUACCGGAGAGCUCAGGUUGAGCCGGGUCAUGCUGUGGGUGCUGUGGGUGCCCAGUCCAUUGGUGAGCCGGGUACACAAAUGACCCUGAAGACUUUCCAUUUCGCCGGUGUCGCCGGUAUGAGUAUCACGCAGGGUGUGCCUCGUAUCAAGGAAAUUAUCAACGCCUCCAAAGAAAUCAGUACACCUGUCAUCGCCUGCGAACUGGUCAACAAGGAACACAUGGCCGCGGCACGUAUUGUGAAGGGUCGUAUCGAAAAGACCUACCUUCGGGAUAUCAUGCGCAGUAUCACCGAAAACUGGACCGGCAGCUAUGCUUACGUGACCAUCAAAAUCAACCUCCAGACGAUCUCUGAUCUCAAGCUUGAGCUAGAUGUGAGGAAGAUCGCUCAAGCGAUUAAAACGCACAAGCGCUUCAAGGGUGGAGAUCUCACUUUCCGAGUUGGCGUGUCCUCCAUUAGGAUUUUCAUGGACAUGGACCCGGCCAGUAAGACGGGCCUGUCAAAGACAGAGGUCGCCGCGACGAGUAUGGACCCCUUCCUGCGUCUCAAGCAUCUCAAGCGAAUGUUGCCCGAUAUCCAAAUUCUUGGACACGCUCGCGCCCAACGUGCUAUCAUUCGAACGGAUGAGACUUCAACGUCCAACACCCUGUUGGUGGAAGGCUACGGUUUGAAAGACUGCAUGACUACCGUUGGUGUCGACGGUCUCCGCACAAGGACCAACAACGUCAUGGAAGCGCGUGAAGUUCUUGGUAUCGAGGCUGCACGAACUACAAUUGUGGUCGAAAUUAGUGAAGUCAUGAAGGACAUGAACAUCGAUCCUCGUCACAUGCAGCUUCUGGCUGACGUUAUGACAUACAAGGGAGAGGUGCUGGGUAUUACCCGAUUCGGUCUGGCCAAGAUGCGUGACUCCGUCCUUCAGCUCGCUUCUUUUGAGAAGACUGCCGAUCAUCUCUUCGAUGCCGGUGGUGCUGGCCGUACCGAUCUGAUUGAGGGUGUCUCGGAAUGUAUCAUCAUGGGCAAGACUAUCGGGCUGGGAACCGGUGCAAUGGAAGUUGUACGCAAGCUGAAUUUCUACGAAGGCCAGAUUGGCCCGCGGAAGACUGUCUUUGAAGAUGCCUGGACCGACCUAUGUGAGGUACCUCUGGUGAAGAAGGGCAAAAAGCGUGUGGUUAGGUAG